AUAGUCAUCGUUUUACUCGAUGCGAGAAAAGGCAUCGGUGCCUCUGAUAUGUUGUUAAAUUCCUCGCUAGAGACGCACAGCUAAUAAAAAAAAAACAACUUUAACAGUUAUUAUCUUAACAUCAUGGAGGUAAUCGAGACAAUUGUGAUCCAAAGUACUGAAGUGGAAGAAAAGGAAACGGUUGUGUGCAGCGUGGACACGGAUAGAAGUAAAGCAGAGUUCAUAUGGACACUGCAGGCCACAUGGCACCUUGUCAACACCAGACUAGAAAUGGACCCGGCUUUUGAUCAGCCGGUGUGCAAGAAGAAGAAACUCUGGGAGACGGUGGCAGAGAAAGUGAACGCCAAACUGAGAGAGUCGGAGGUCACCGAUGUCACCGUGAAGGCCUACGAGUGUGACCUCAAGUGGAGAAACAUGCUGGCCACAUACAGGAAGAACUCCGAGAGGGCCAAGAGGCUGGGGGCCUCCAGCGUCCACUGGGAGUUCUUCAAGGCCAUGAACGAGACCCUGGGUAAGAGCAGGGAGGAGAUUGAAGCCCAGCGAAGGGCGAAGCUCAGCGGGACCAGAGUGGGCAAGGCCAUAGCCAGCAAGAGGUUCACCCCCAUCCUCCCUAACCCUCCUACAACAGCUGCUCCCUGCUCCACGGCCAGGCCUCCACAGGACGUCCUACAGCUGUACAUGGAGCUGCAAGAGAGGAAGAUGAACAUGUGGGCCCAGCAGAAAGCCCUGGAGGAGAGGAAGAUAGAGGCCAUCAACAACCUGGCCCAGGCCAUCUCCAGCCUGGCUCAGAAGAACAGCACACAGAUGUCAAAGGAGGGACAUUAGGCCAGAAGAGAUGCGGUUUUCUGUUACCAAAAACUUUUAUCAUCAUGCACGAGGAGAACUGUUUGAGUGCGUUUGUUAUAAAUGUUUUUAAGGUUGGUCAUGUUGGCACAGUUUUAACUGUUACAGGGAUUAGUUUGGCCGGUCUGAACUUAAACCCGACACACACUCACUAAUCAUACCCUGGUCAUCUUUUGUUUAUACUGCAAGCAGAUCACAUGAAAGUUGUCCUUUUCUGUUGAUGCUCCAAUGGAUGUAAUCAUCACUUAUUUUUAUACCGCCUGCAAAGAGUGAAUUACGGUCGGCUGAUGUUGGAGAGCAAGAAAAACUAAAAUAUGACUCACAAAUAAGAAUAUACAGGCCCCCACCAUCACUGCACCAGUUCUUUAUAUCAUAAAGUUAUGCAAGAUUAGACAAAAUUAAACGGAAAUGAUGAAAGGAAGUCAGUUAGACUAAAACACAAAUUUUUCAGUGAAAAUAACGCAGACAUUUAUAUUUAUAAUCAUUCCCAAAAGCUAUCAUUAACUAUUCAUUGAGACACUUGUACCAUUAGUGUAUUAAUAAUAUACACUGUUUGUAUGCACAACUUCACUUUGUAAUGUUUUCCAAUAAACAAUCCUGCAAUAAAUACUACCGUAGUUUUGCACAGAAACACUUUACUUUUAUUUUGAAACUUUUACCGGAUAUAUUGUUAUGGUAGUGCGUCUGUCUUGACGCCAGGGCCUGACGGAUUUGGACGGUUGACGUGUGUUCACUGCCCUCCAGUGGUCACAGUGAGGAACUGCAACUUUUUUUCCCGCA